UUGGCCAAUCAUAUGGCCUGUUACCCAUACGUUAUGUUAUGCUCAUUGCUGGUAAGAGUCACAGAAACAGACUGUUUCCUGUUCUAUAUCCUUCGACUAAAGUAAGUGAUAAAGCAUCAUGAAAAUAGCUUCUUUCAAUGUUCAGAAAUUUGGAAAGAGGAAAUUAUCAGAUCCAGCAGUUGUGACAACUCUUGUUCAGACAGUGUCACGUUAUGAUAUCGUAGUCAUUCUGGAGGUGGUGGAUGCAAGUGGGAAAGCCGUGGACAUAUUUAUGAAGGAGCUAAACAAGAUCAACCCAAAACGUCCUUUCACUAUGAAGAUCAGCACACGCUUGGGAAGGACAAUGUACAAAGAACAGUUUCUGUUCCUUUAUAGGGAGGAUCAGGUGAAAGUGAUUGGAACUUAUCAGUAUGAGGACAAUCAGCCUGGAGAUGAGGAUGCAUUUGAUAGAGAGCCCUAUGUUCUGCGGUUCUCCUGUCCCAGCACAGUGGUGAAAGAUCUAGUAAUGAUCCCUGUCCACACUAAGCCUGAUGACUCUGAGAAGGAGUUAGACGAAUUGUAUGAUGUUGUCCAGGUUGUGAAACAGAAAUGGAAAACUGAUAAUAUCAUGGUUUUAGGAGACUUUAAUGCAGAUGGCAGUUAUGUAUCCAAAAAAGAGAUGAAGGCGAUUCGCAUCUUCAGUGACAAAAACUUCCACUGGCUGAUCACUGAUGAUGUUGAUACCACCACACGUACGGGAAACGAUAAUACUUAUGACAGGAUUGUGGUGCAUGGAAAGAAAUUGCUAGACGCUAUUGUGCCAAACUCUGCCAAACCAUUUAACUUCCAAAAGGAAUUUGGACUGACUGAAUCUGAUGCACUCAAAGUCAGUGAUCAUUACCCCGUGGAGGUGGAACUCAAAGAAGGCAAGCGUGGCAAAUAGAAAAGAUGGAAAAAGCCUGAAGGAAGGAAACCAGCUUCUGAACAUGGGCUAAGCAUGGAUUAAAACAAUUUACAAUAAAAUGUAUCUUUAA